CCCUCACCUUCUUUCCUUUUCGAUCAAAUCCAAACAAACCCUAUCUUCCUUCUUCUUCCUCCUUCUUCCCCAACCUUGAACCAUCGAUUCUCCAUAAUCUCCGGAAUCGAAAUUCGCCUCUUCGUGUCCACCACCAGAAGCCUGGAAAUUAUGGAAAUCCAACAGACUCAAUGGUUGCCUGACUUGGGAAUGGAAGACCCAUCUUUCAAUUACUACCCAGGUUUCGACUGCUACUCGUUAGACGGCUUCGAUUUCGACCACGACACCAUUCCUCUGGCCAUCCCUCAAAGCUACCAAAUCUCGGUUCACGACCAGACCAGGCCUGCCAAACUUCCCAAACACCAACUUACCAUUACCAACCAAUGCUCCAAAGCUUCUUCCCCCUAUUCUUGCGUCAUCUCUUUCGAAAGCUCCACCGAUUCCCUCCAAAACCCUACGAGAUCGGCUGCUGCUGCUGUCAAGCCUGAGUACACAUCAUCUCCGAUUCCGGAGCAUGGCACCAAAAGAAGCGCCGCUGCUGCCAUGACGAGAAUCGGUGGUGGACACGAAGAGGCGAAUUUCGAUUCCGGAGAUUAUGGAGAAUGGAUGGUUCAAGGUUGGGGAAGAAGGAGGAAGAAGAAGGAAGAUAGGGUUUGUUUGGGUUUGAUCGAAAAGGAAAGAAGGUGAGGGG